AUGCAUCCUAAUAACAAUAGUGAUCCUAAACAAGCUCCACAAGCAGCAGCAUACGGCGGUUAUCAGCAACAGGCGGCACCAGCAGCAGCAGCAUACGGUGGUUAUCAACAACAGGGGCCGCCUCAAUGGACGACAGGUCUAUGUGGUUGCUUUGAAGAUCCUUCCAAUUGUUUGAUGACCUGCUGCUGUCCCUGUGUAACCUUUGGCCAAAAUGCUGAGAUCAUUGAUAAAGGAACAACGUCUUGUGCUUUUGCGGGUUUAAUCUAUCAUGCUCUUUCCUAUGUGGGGUGUUCUUGUUUGUUCUCGUUCCCCUAUCGAUCCAAACUGAGAGGCCUAUAUUCAUUGCCGGAAGAUCCAUGUGUAGACUGUUGCGUCCAUUGUUUGCUUCCCACAUGUGCUAUUUGUCAAGAGUACCGGGAGCUCAAGAACCGUGGACAAGACCCCUCCAUAGGUUGGAUCGCCAAUGCUCAGAAAAUGAACCAAGGUCAAGCUGGAAACCCUGCACCUCCGUACAUCACGCCAGGCAUGUCUCGUUAG